AUGUCGGAAUCCUCUGAACCGCGUCAACUCGGGAGGUCUGCAGCCAGCGGAGAACUAAUAGAUCUCGAUCUCAUUGAGUCAGACGGAGGCGAGCAUUUCUACUACCGGAAAGCCGUGGAGUUAUGCCGUCACCUACUUUCCAUUGGCCAUUCAGAAUUAGUCGCAGAUCUUUCUUCACCGCGUACACACUUUCAAGCUUCUCCUGAGCUCGUAAAUAUCAUUUGCUCGAUCCCUAAUUCCCCUGUAUCCCUUACCGGAGACUGCUUAUCCGUGACUCUCUCCUGCGUCCUUCUCUCCGAUCCGGCCACUUUCGCUUGUAGUCUGGGUAUGCCGGAAAAUGAUUUGGUUGACCAGAUUACGCGUUUUAUGGAUUUGAUGUUUUCCAUUCCAAAGCCAAAUGGUCUCGUGCAUAUGAGAGAAUUCAACGAACAAGAGGAGCUACAGAUAAUGCCAUUGCCUAAAAGAAGCCGAAAAGAUGUGUAUUGCUAUCCUGUAAUAGAUAGCAGAGCUAGUGACAUCACAACUCUUGCCAAUGGGUCCAUGCUUGAGGCUCUUAUGGCUUUUGAAUCAAAAGCUUCGCUUUUAGUUUUAGGUGCAGAGGAUCGAGAAAUUGAAGCAUUUGACCACAAUCAAAUUCCUUGUUCUGGUCCACAGACUCGAAUUUUUGGUUGCGAGAUUUUCCCCAAUGCCUCUGUGGAUGUUGAUCAUAGGCAUUGCUUAGGAGAAAACAAGCAAGAGCCGCCUUCUUCUCUAGGGGUUGGAUAUUGUGAGCAACUUGAGAUUGGGGAUAUUGAAAUUGUUGACAACCUAGUACUAAUCGAAGACGAUGAGGAGAAAAAAGAGAAGGAUUUGUUUCCUGAGGUUGGGAUACAAACUCCUAAUGUGCAGUCUGAUCCUGUUGCCAUGCCAUCAGAAAAUGAGUUAAGAUCAGUGUACAUUGUGGAGGACACUGAAGAUCUGCUUCUAUCGAGUUGUAACCCAUUAAAGCAAGAAGACCACGCUGUAGACAUCUUCAGCACCCCUCACAGAGAGCUGCCAUUGAAGCCUUCUGCUACAGUAGAUAAUCAAGAUAGAUCUUUGGUACAGAAAACUCAGGAUCUGUGCAAAUCCUCAGGAAACAACAGCUGUUCCCCUGAGAAAAAACACACCAAGAAAAGUAAAGCUACCCAGAGGUCAAAGCAGAAUUUGAACUCCGUUCGACCUAAAGACCAGAAGGAUCAGUCAAAACAGAAGGCAUUUCCAGAUUUUGAUUCUUACACUAUUGUAGAGGAAGAAGGCUCAGGUGGCUACGGGAUUGUUUAUAAGGCAAAGAGGAAAACUGAUGGAAAAGAGUUUGCCAUUAAAUGUCCCCAUGCUGGUGCCCAGAAAUACUAUGUUAAUAAUGAACUCCGAAUGCUGGAGCGUUUUGGGGGGAAAAACUUUAUAAUAAAGUAUGAAGGCUGUCUCAAGAAUGGAGAUUCCGAUUGCAUCAUCCUUGAGCACCUUGAACAUGACAGACCUGAUUUUCUUAAGAAAGAAGUGGACGUGCAUCAGCUACAGUCGUACGGCUACUGCAUGUUCAAAGCUCUGUCAAGUCUUAGUAAGCAGGGUGUUGUUCAUAGGGAUGUUAAGCCAGGCAACUUCCUCUUCUCUAUGAAGACCAACAAAGGCUAUCUUAUUGAUUUUAACCUCGCCAUGGAUUUGCACCAGAAGCACAGGAGAGCAGAUAAAUUAAAAGCAGCUACAGAUCUCCCAACCGCCAGCAAGAAGCAUAAUACAUUGGUUAAAUCUCCAGACUCGACAAACCGAGUGACCAACAAAUCUUCUCAGAAAACUUUAGCGCCGAAUAGUCUGAAGAAAGCAGCGGGAAAGAUAAGAGCUCGGAAUGACAUGAGCAGAUUGGAGAGAUUCAAUAGCCAAGGGGCAGAAGGGUCUGGCUUAACUUCGACCAAAGAUGUGACCAGCACAAGGAACAACCCUUCAGUUGAAAAGAGGAGAGAGCCUUUACCAUGCCAUGGAAGGAAAGAGCUUUUAAACUUUAUGAAGGAGACAAUGUCUGGUCCAAUUCCAAACAAUGAAGCAUCUUCCAAAGCUCCUAUGUCUAUGAGAAAACGUGUUGCUGCUCUUCCAGGGAAAGCUGAGGAGCUUCGUUAUCUGACCCCAAUGCCUCUGCGCUCUAAUGGUCGACCUGAAGCGGGGGAUGUAAUUAAGAAGAAAGACGGUCCUUGCUCAGGAACCAAAGGCUUCCGAGCUCCAGAGGUUUGCUUCAGAUCUUUGCACCAAGGACCUAAGAUAGACGUAUGGUCUGCGGGAGUUACUUUGUUAUACCUAAUUAUGGGAAGAACACCUUUCACUGGUGACCCUGAACAGAAUAUUAAGGACAUUGCGCAGCUACGAGGCAGUGAAGAAUUAUGGGAACUCUCCAAGCUGCACAACCGUGAAUCAUCCUUCCCUGAGGAAUUGUAUGAGGCAAGGUAUUUGAAGGGGAUGGAGUUUAGAAAAUGGUGCGAGCUCAACACAAAACGCAGAGACUUCCUAGACGCGAUUCCGGGGUCGCUUCUUGACCUUGUAGAUAAAUGUUUGACCGUUAACCCAAGGCUACGAAUCAGCGCAGAGGAUGCUCUGAAGCACGACUUCUUCCGUUCAAUUCAUGAAACCCUUAGAAUUAAAAGGCUCUCCAAGCAGCAGCAAACGCAACCGCUGUCUUCAGUGGUAGCUGAUUCAGUAGGCCAAACAGAAGCACCAUGA